UGGGUUGGCCCGACUUCCCUAUCGAAUAGAAUAGACGACGGUUCGAGCGGGAAUGGAGGAGGAAGAGCAUGAGAUCUACGGUGGAGAGAUCCCCGACGAAGUCGACUCGGUUGCCGACGUCGAAACCUCUAACACCGCCGCGGAAUUGGGCGAGAUGAAGAAGCGGCUCAAGGCGAUGGACGAGGAGGCCGCUGCCCUGCGCGAGAUACAGGCAAAGGUCGAGAAGGAGAUGAGCGCCAUCCAAGAUCCUGCUAGCACAUCUGCAAGUGAAACAAGUAAAGCGGAGGUUGAUUCUCGAUCUGUAUUUGUUGGCAAUGUAAGUCCAGAAUUCCGUAGUCUUGUCAACACCUCACUCAUGAGAGUUUUUAUACCAUGUAAUGCUCGGUACUGCACUUGGGAAAUAUUAUGGCUGUUCUGAGACAUCAGUUCACUUGCUUGUUCAUCCGUGCGAGAUUUGAUGGCUGCCUGCAUGGAUAAACAAUGAAGUAAUGUAUGUUGCUGUUCUGGUCAAUGCGUUUAUAGUGUA